AUUUUUAUUAAUAUUUACCUCUCUUUUACUCGAGUUAUUAAAAAUUAAAUAGAAAUUUAUUAUAUUGAUUAUCUAGUCUUUUUUGAAUCUCAUCUUCACCAAAUGUCUUUUUCUACACAGGGUCCGAAGGAUCCGGAGACCAUAUUCACGAAACAGGAGAAAAUCGGGAAGGGUUCUUUUGGGGAAGUUUACAAGGGCAUAGACAAGCGCACUCAACAAGUGGUGGCCAUAAAGAUUAUCGAUUUGGAGGAAGCCGAGGAUGAGAUCGAAGACAUUCAGCAAGAGAUCACCGUGCUAUCCCAGUGCGACAGUCCCUUCGUGACCAAAUAUUAUGGGUCCUAUCUCAAGGGAAGCAAACUUUGGAUCAUAAUGGAAUACCUUGGUGGGGGUUCGGCCCUUGAUCUGAUAAAGCCCGGCCCCAUCGACGAGGCCUACAUCGCCAUAAUGCUCAGGGAAAUUCUCAAGGGUCUCGAGUACUUGCAUGGCGAGAAAAAGCUGCACCGAGAUAUUAAAGCCGCGAACGUACUUUUGGCCGAAAAUGGCGAUGUAAAAUUAGCUGAUUUUGGAGUGGCUGGACAAUUGACCAAUACAACUAGUAAACGGAACACUUUUGUAGGUACGCCCUUUUGGAUGGCCCCCGAAGUUAUCAAACAGUCUUCCUAUGAUUCAAAGGCCGAUAUAUGGAGUCUUGGUAUAACUGCUAUAGAACUAGCCAAAGGUGAACCUCCAUAUUCUGACCUGCAUCCCAUGAAAGUAUUGUUCCUGAUCCCCAAAAAUAAUCCUCCUAUAUUGACCGGCGAUUACACGAAGUGUUUUAAGGAAUUCAUCGAAGCUUGCCUCAACAAAAAUCCCGAAGACCGUCCGGACGCCACAUCGCUGCUCAAGCACACCUUCGUACGCCGGGCUAAAAAGACCGCUUACCUAAUGGAGCUCAUUGACCGUUUCCAGCUCUGGAAGCGCGCUCACGCUCAGAGGCGCGCUCAUAACCGCUUACUUAACGACGCAGAACACGAGCACGAGGAUGACAACGGAGAAGACGAAAGCGAUGACUAUAGGCAAGGAGAUUAUAGCAGCAACAAUUCACAAUCUUCAUCAUCUAGCAAUUCUAGUAAAGGUACCUCAUCCCUCACAGACGAGGAAAGCAAUAAUAAUAAUGGGCGUAAGGCAGAAUUUGGCAGAGAUGGGUCAGGGGGGAGACAGAACAAAAAGAAAAAGAAGGCGAAAAUCAAGGUGGGUGUUAACGUUGCGCGUAAGGAAGGAGUUGAUAUGUUAGAAAAUGGGUUAGGAGACCCAACGAUACAUCAAGCAGACGUUAACAAUAAUAAAAGUAAAUCCAAGUUAAAGAACCAUAUCGAUGAACCCUGGAAUUACGAAACGGUUCGAGGCUUCGCCAAUCUUCAUAUUCAUGAUACUCAUAAUUUGGAAAGGGCCACCCACCACCCUGACAUUAUGACUAGAUCACGAAUCGACGAGAAGUUAGCCCACCACGACCCCAAUAUCCAGAAUACAAACCUCCUUAAGGACCAACACAUCCCCCAAGAAAAUAAAAUCAACAAGGUUUUAACAUCUUCCAAUGAUUCUUCCAACUCCAAAAUUUCCGAAGGGCUUGUCGAGACUUCUCAGUCGGCCUACCAUUAUUACUACACCAUAAUCAGACCUAUUCUUAAAGAGCUUAAGCACCUAUACUUCAAGCAAUACUUAUACCAACAACAGCAACAAAACAAGGACGCAAGUCCUCAACAAAAUAUCGCCGAAGCCAAACGGCAAUUCCAUUACGUCGAAAAUUCUUUGAGAGACCUUAGAAAAGCUUUUGAAACCGGCGAGAGGGUAUCUCAUUCCCUCAAUAAAUCUUCGUCGCUUCACGCGUCUAAUACAAAUUCCGAUUAUCUGACCUUCACUCAAAGAUUUUUGGCCACUCUCUUCCAUCAGCUUAUGCCCCAGGCUCAAGCGCAACAAAUUCUUCCUCCAACAACGCAACAGCCCCUUUCUCAAACCCACCAUAAUAAAAUGAGUUCUAAUCAUAAUCAGUCAAAUAAUAAUCCUACAUUCGCACCGUAUAAGCAACAAUAUUAUCCUUCGUCAAAUAUCAAUCCAAUCACGAGUAACACUUCCAACCUCGCCCACAACAAUACAAAUCAACCGUCUUCCCAACACGCCGCAAAAAUUUCUAAUAAGUCAAAUCUGGAUUCGUAUAUCAGCCCCGCUAAUCACGAAAAAACGUUAUUUGGUAAUGCGCACACUCCAGAGUCAGGUCACCAGGAAAGCGUUCCGAAUAACUCCUACACCGAUAACUAUGCCAAUCAUAGCAACAGUAGUAUCAGGUGGAGAGAGAUAAGCGACCGUCUAAAACUCAACAACGCCAAUAAUUUUAUCAGCCCCAUGGGCAACACGAGUUUCAACAAUAUGAUCCCACCUAUUCACAGCAAUGGCAAUGUUAUGACGAACCACCCUACCAACGGUCCUAACCUACUUCCGACCUGUUCUUCCUACCCCGCAGCCCCCGCUGGUUAUACCCCUCAAGUCAAUCACCAACAAAAUCCCGUUUCCGAUCCCUCUCGGAAAAUAUUUCAAUCCUACAUUCAACCUCCUUCCAAAAUAGAUUAUCACCCUCGUUCCAACAACUUCCCCAAUAACAUGAAUCUUUCCGACUAUAAUAAAUCUAGGAACGGCGGCUUAAUUAGCAAUCACCCCAACGUGGUGGUCACUAGUAGGCCUUAUUCUGCGGCCGCAUAUCCCGCCAAUGUUAACCACGUUAAUCAUCAUAUGAAUCAACACCAUAAUCUUAACGCUAAUAAUAUAAAUAAUAACAACGUUCUAUCCAAAGUUAAACAGCAAUACUAUAGAAAUAAGCCUUGAAAAAUUUUUGGGAAGUUUAAUUUAAACUUAAACCGAAAUUUGAUGUGCCCGGAAAUUAUUAUAUGGCCAAAAAAAGAUAAAAUUAUAUUUGAAUUAUGGAAUUCAGAUGUUGCAAUUCGUGAAUCUUUCCUAAUCUAUAUAGAUUUUGCUCAUAUUCCUUGUGGAUAUGUUUAGACAAACAUUUCUAAUCUUACGCAAAAAGUUAUUAGACUUUGUAGCCAAAUUUUAAUAUCUUUAUAAUUUAUUAAAAUAUAAUAUAUUAAUCUUUCUUUGUGAAAUAAAAAACAAUACAAUACAAAUGAUAAUUUUUUUACAAAUUUGGUUGAUAUUUUGUUAUUCGCUAAUUUUUAAAUCGACGUAAUUUAUUCGAAGAAAAUAUAAAUAUUCUAACAAAAUUUUAUGACCAUAUGAAGAGAGUCAUCUUUUAUUUGCGUAGUGUGGCGGCGUUUAUCAGCACCCUUGGAUAGUUGGGUUUUUUAUUUAAAAAAACGCUUCCAAAGAAUAUUAUCAUUAAAAUAGCAAAAUAUUUUUUUAUCUUAAAUUAUAAAUUUUAUAUUUUUAUAAGUGUAAAGACUUGACGGAUAAUGAUAAAUUGUU